AUGGAUGUCAGACUAUUUAUACUUCCUUUCUUCUUAAUUUUGGAUGGCUGCCAUGGUUGUUCCUAUCCACGCUUUAUUCAAAACGUGACAUGGCGAGACACCACUAAAGGCCGUGUUGUAUACGGAGAUACCAAGAUGACUGGCUGGGCUUUUAUGGCCUUUAGCCAGAUGAUCUCAGACUGGGAGUGUUACAUGAAGGACGAACAUUUUAUUGUGUCAAGGUCAACUACAACAAUCAAAGUGUUUGGAGCAGAAGUACAUGCAUAUCUCUGCCAGAAGCUGAGUAGAAUUGGCGAAAAUGCUAUAUACUAUUACGCAAUGACAGAUGAGGAAGAGAAUGCUGACAAAGAAAGAGUACAUGUAACUGCAGCCCUGGUACAGGAUGUCUGCACUGUCUGUAAUCCGAAGUCUUCUCCAGCUGACGAGGAGUUCCGAGUUCUAGUCAGAGAAGGUACGCAAAUCGACCCAUCUUUAAUAGAAGCGCCAGUUGUUGGAUGUAAUCCAUGUGUUCUUCAGUGUGAUUUACCAGGCUCUCCGCCAAUACCUACCACAACAACAAACAAACCAACAGGAAAGACGGUUUUUAAAAUAAAAAAGGAAAACCCAUCAAUCAAACCUUCCGGUAAAAACAAAAUAAAGAAGAAAUCUAAUGCUGGACUCGUCGUUGGGAUUGUAAUUUCGGUUUUAGCCCUUGUAUCUAUUGGAGUAGGAGCUGCAGUUUGGUACUUCCGGUUUAGAAAAUAA